CCGGAUUUGCAAGGGUGAAUACCAACAAAUCAUAAAUGGUUGUGCAACUGAGACAACACCUUUAAUAGAACGAAGACGUGAAAGAAGAAGACGCUGUACUGACAGAUAUGAAUACCUCUUUCUGGGAAUCAUUCUUUUCAUACUGUUCGCAGGAAUGACGAUUGGAUUCUAUUUGCUUAUGAUCGAAAAGCGCGAAAUUGAACCAGCUCAUGUAGUUCUAUUGGCCGACAGAGAAAAUUGGGAUGCAGCUGAUGUAGAAAACUACGAAUAUCUCAAUGCACCAAGCAAUAAAUUGAUUCUAGUCUUCACUAAUACUCCCAAUUGCUAUGAUCAGCCAAACUGUACAAAGGAAGUACAUAAGAUGCAAGAAGAAAGUUUACGAAAUAAUAAAACUGAUAUUCCAUAUAAUUUCCUCCUCGCAGAAGACACCAGAAUUUACGAAGGUAGAGGAUGGAAAUAUGCCCCAGAUAUAUCGCCUUACAGUGAUAACUCAUCAUUGGCUUUUGCCUUUAUGGGUAUCCCUUGCAAAACAGAUGUGUCUGCCCUUGAGGAACAGCUUUUCGUUUUGAUAAACCUUUCGAUCUCACACCACAAACUCAACCGCUGCUUUCAGGUUUUGACAAGGCCUGAAGAAAGUCCGUAUCUCAGAGAAAUUACUGAUCGUAUUCAGUCUACAUUCUGCAGGAAAACUAAGUGUCUAUACUGA